CCGGCCUUGACGCCUCAGUAGUGAGCCAGACACCGCCCUGGUCAGUGCCCCAGGAUCUGUCCCUCGCGCGCAUGCCCACCACCACUACCUCUCGCUGCCCCUAGUGCCACCCACCGCCUCACACGUGCCCUCCCGUACCCAAAGCACCGCCUCGUACGUGCCCUGUCGUAUCCAAGCACCGCCCCUUACGUGCCCAGGUACCGCCUACCUGUCAUUUCUCAGCGUACCAUCUGUGAGGAAGAUGUGGGGCGUACUGCAGGUGGUGGCAGCCUGGUGCCUACUGGGUGUAGCGGCCGAGCCGGACACCAGUGUCGGGCUACACUGGUGUAGCACCAUGUGUAUGUGUCCCGCCAAGACUCAGGACCAGCUCCGCUGCUUCGAACGAGCGAAAAUGUUCGAAUUCCUGGGCUACGCCGAUAAAAUGGCGCGAAGCUUGCUCCGGAGCGGGUGGAAGAUGGAGGAGAAGGUGUACUGGUGCAGCGACCUGUGUCUCUGCCACACUAAUAAUGACAACCAGUUCCAGUGUGUACUGGAGGACAACGUCAACCAUUUCAUCAACGACAACUUCGGCUACCGGUACUUCUACGACUGGCGGGUGGAGGUGGAGGAGCGCGCCGUGGAGGACGACAUGGAACAACAGGCCAAGGAGGCCGAGAAGAACAAGAACAAGAAGAAGAAGAACAAACCCAAGAAGAACGUGAAGGCCCGAGAAGAGAGUGUCACUCCCCGCGAGGAGAAGGUACAAGUUAUAACUCCAGCACAGCCUCAGGUGGAGUCGCUGCCCACCACAGAGCGGGUGAUGGUCAUGUGGCCAACCACAACAACCACAUUAACCCCUACCACAACCACCAUACCAACCACAACCACCACAACAACCACAACCAAAGAGGAAGUGAUGGAGGAAGAGGCAGAAUUACUCCCAAAACAAGAGGCCGUGGCGGCCAGUCCGGCAGUGACGGCCAUGCAGCCGCCCACCCGCCGCCAGCCCUUCCCGCCCACGGCGCCCGCCCCGCACGCCUCCACCCGCGAAGUGCACACCCUCCCGCCCAAGACCUCCGCCGUACUCGAAGUCCCCGUCGAGCGGAAGACCGUGGCCUCGGAGGUGUCGCAGGAUCUCGACGAACUGGGGACCACCGUUCACCAGAUCAAGGAUGAUGUGGUCCUCAAUCAGCGCAUUCUCCUCGUCACUGUCGCAAUUGCUGGCAUCGCAAUGUUGGGAGUGGUGAUCCUGGCGGUGACGGACUGUCACCGGCGCCGACAACUGGCCCCAGACACCAAGAAGAGAGAGGCCUCCGCCACGGAAGACAAUCACGCCACCAAAGUCAACCUGGAGCAGGCCUGGUGACUAGGUGUGACCUCUUCACCGACCCAGUGGGAGACCAGAGACUCCUCCGGGGCGGUCAUCUCCAGCCAGUGGGAGAUGGAGACUGAGGAGGACGAGCAGCCUCCACUUGUACCGCCCCACGGACGAAGCUUCGACUCCAGCUGGGAGGAGUCGACGGCCUUCCGGGAGAUGUCUAUCGCUCAGGGCAGGUUCAGAGUCUCCAGAGUGUAGAUAUGUAUUAUCCAUAGUUGAUUAGUCCACUCCCCCGGGGGCUGAAUGUCUUCAUCUGAGCGGAGCACCAGAUUCACGAAGCAGUUAAGCAAGCACUUACGAACUUGUACAUGUUGACCAGACCACACACUAGAAGGUGAAGGGACGACGACG